GAUGUCAUGGGCUUUGCAGUCUUGUUGGCUUGCUGCCAGGCUGUGGUCGGUGCAGUACAAGAGUUCAGCAGCGAUGAUAGCUCCCAAUGCGUCCACUUCCACAGGCCUGGGAAGGUUCUCAUCUACAAGAAGGACACAGCAGUCUUUCCCAUCGGCAUCUCGGUGCCUUCAGAUCUGGUUGCCGAGUCCAUUCCGCGAAAGGUGAGAGUGCAUGCUGCCUUUGUCGGAAGUUCGUGUGGGGGAGAGGUUUCUGAAUACAAGUUUGGACCAAUGGAAGAAGACAGGUAUCAGGACUUCUACCGGCGACACCGCUUUGCACACACCAAAAGAAAGGGCGGAUGGGAUGCUGUGAGGCACGCUGAAAUCCUGGCGAUGGGAACCGUGCCAAACUUUGCUGGUUUGGACAAGGCGCCACACCUGGCAGUGCCCUUCGUGCCGAAAGCCUUGUUGCUGAAAACCGAAGAGUUGCUGCCAUACUCCAAGCGUUUGGAAGCUGCUUACAACGCCACGGUGGAACAACUGCUUGACCAUACCAGGAGGUGUCUGACGGCAGAGUCCAUGGCAGCGCGAGUUCUGAGGGAGAUGGGCCUGUGGCCUACGCAACGACCCUUGCGGCUCCUGUACAUCACCUGUGGCUUUGGGUUUAGUGGUGCAGGCGAUGGCUGGCAGGGUCCCGUGAGCAUUGGCAUCUUUCUGGGGCUCCAUGCCUUGCUCCGACAGUGGCCAGGUUCACGGAUCGUGGACGCUCCUGCCAUGGAACCAGAUCCCAGUAUAUGGCCUGAGGAGACUGUGCACAGGUCCAAUUUCUGGUAUUUGGCAAAAGAUAGCGAUCCCUGGAUUCACGAAGAAGAUCUACGGCAAAGGAUGUACGGCUAUGGUUUUUCCUAUGCCAGACGAUUGAGCCUGAAGGACCUAGCGACGCAAGCUGAACGUGAUGCAGUGCCUGACAGUCUGUUCCGUCAUGAGUUCGAUGGAGUCAUCUACGGCAAGGUGGGCCCUGCGCAGGGCUGUGAUCCAUUGCCCUUCUUUGAUGUGGUACGAAAUGCAGGAUACCCUGCAGAGCGCGUGGCGUUGAUCUACGGUGGCGAUUUCGGACUGGAGACAAAGAGGGUAGCAGAGCAUGCUCGGUACUACUCCGGCUAUGGCAUCAUCUUCUUUCGCGAGAUGAUUGCACCGCCUGAAGACUUUCACUGGAUCUCAGCUCAAGUCUUUCCAAGAGCCUGCUACGCCGAUCCUGGUUGGAAUCGCUUUUUUCAGCUUUGGAGAAAACGCUUAGACUGCCCGGCCUGUGAUGAUGUGGAUCGAAAUGUGCGAGACGAACUUUGGGAUCAUUUAUGGCCGGUUUCGCGGGGCUUCUCUUGGCAGACAGGGAACGGCUUGGAAGUGCUGCCGCCUUGUUGGAGUGGACUCCUUCUCUUGGCCUUUCCUAUGCUAAAAACGUCUGCUGAAGCUGAGCUGAAAGACUUGUGUGACUUUUUCAACCGCCAACUACACCAGGCAGCGCGGCAUGUGACCUUUGGCCGAUGUGUUCUGCCGCGGCCGCGCUGCAAAGGCUCCAUUGCCUUUCGAGGGGCUUUUGGAGUGCAACCAUCUGAGGUGAAAACCUUCGUUCGUUCAAUCUGUAGAAAGUUGAGUCGAAAAUGCGCGGUCAGGGGAACUGUGAAGCAAUAG